AUGGCAAUGCAUUGGUUAAUGCUGCUGCUGCUGCCUGCCCUCUCAAUCAGGGCCCAGGAGCUGCCAUUGGAGGAGACUGGCGGGGAGCAGGCGGAACCCUUGCGCACUUCUGUGCUGCAGAGCAGCCUCCUCGUAGAGUUCUGUGUGCACUACCGGCAUAUACCCCGGUUAACCUACUUCACGUGCCGCAAUCCCGAGACCAGCACUAGGAAUGGAGAGGCACUGCGUGCGGCAUUUGCUGCCAAGAAUGCGCAGCUGAUUAAGAGCCUCUACCGGAGUCAGCUCUUUGUGCGGAUUGUGCAGCUCGAUGUGUUGCAACAGACGGGCGGUGGGUAUGGCAGCAGCAACACUGGCCCCAGGCGCGGUGGUGGCCGUGUGCAGGGGCCCCGCUACGGUUUUGGUUUCGCUCAGUCACAGAGCCAGGCCCAGAGCCAUGCCGAGUGGUUGGACAGCGUGCUGACGGUGGAUGCCCUUAGGCAAAUUGUUGCUGUGGAUUUGGCAUGCGGCGCCCCGAGUCGUCGCUUCCUCGAGUUGGCUUCCGCCAAGAUGCUCUACAGCGACAAGUUUCACUGGCUAUUGAUAGAGGACUUUGGGCUGUUCAACCAGCUGGAAGCGGCAACAGGAAACCAUCAAGAGGUGCUGCCACAGCAAGCCAAGCAACUGCAAAGUACAAGGGAGGAGGAAGCAGAUCUUCAGCCAACUAUCGAGGAGUUUACGGAGGGUAUGAACUUGUAUAUGAACACGGAAUUGAUGCUGGCCAAGCGACUGUCAGAGGCAGCUAACUACACGCUGUAUGAUGUGUGGAACCCCGGCCUGAACUAUGGUGGACAUGUCAAUCGAACGGAAAUUGGCAGCUUCGCGCCGUCACAGGGUGUUCGAUUGCACUCCUGGUAUCGCAGGACAUCAACGGUGCGUCGUCGCAUGGACAUGCAGCAUGCCCGAGUCCGUUGCAUGGUUGUGGUGACCAACAAGAACAUGACGGGCACUCUCAUGUACUACCUAACGCACACGGUGUCGGGCCACAUCGAUACGAUGAAUCGCUUCAACUUCAAUCUCCUGAUGGCCGUGCGAGACAUGUUCAACUGGACGUUUGUCCUCUCGCGCACCACCUCCUGGGGCUACGUGAAGAACGGCAGAUUCGAUGGCAUGAUUGGGGCACUCAUACGCAACGAAACGGACAUUGGUGGUGCGCCGAUAUUCUACUGGCUGGAGCGACACAAAUGGAUCGAUGUGGCCGGUCGCAGUUGGUCCAGUCGGCCGUGUUUCAUCUUUCGGCAUCCGCGAAAUACCCAAAAGGAUCGCAUUGUGUUUCUGCAGCCCUUUACGAACGAUGUUUGGGUGCUGAUUAUGGUCUGUGGCGUGGUGACGGUUUGUAUUUUGUGGCUGCUGACCACCAUAGAGUGGAAAUUGGUGCCACACGAUGGUGCAGCAUUGAUCAAACCCAAGGGCGGUGCACCACCGCGACAUCACCAUCAAGUGCAGCAGCAGCAGCACGAGCUGGAGGCCAGUGUGCGUCCAGUUACCGCUCUAUCAGUGGCUGAGGAGCUGCCAGAUGUUACAGAAAUACCAAAACAAGAGGAAAACUCCAACAUAGAUCCCUCAACCCUCUGGCAGCGCUGCUACCUCAAGCUCAAUAAUUAUCUAAAACAACGCAAAGCCAAGCGAAAGGCACCCGAACGCGUGGGUUUGUUCCUGGAGUCGGUUCUGUUCUUUGUGGGCAUCAUUUGUCAGCAGGGUUUGGGCUUCUCCACGAGCUUUGUGUCGGGUCGUUGUAUUGUCAUCACCAGUCUGCUGUUCUCCUUUUGCAUCUAUCAGUUCUAUUCGGCCAGUAUUGUGGGCACACUGCUCAUGGAGAAGCCCAAAACAAUCAAAACCCUCAGUGAUUUGGUGCACAGUUCGCUGCGUGUGGGCAUGGAGGAUAUCCUCUACAAUAGGGAUUACUUUUUGAACACCAAGGACCCAGUCUCCAUGGAACUGUAUGCCAAAAAGAUCACGAGUGUCCCAACCACCAAAGAGAACGAAGCGGAUGAGGAUGAACCAUCAGAUCCCCCACCAGCAGCAGCAGCGGCGGGCACAACAGAUCCUGCCAAAUCCUACAGAGACAUUGUCCAUAGCCAUGAGACGGGCGCACAUGCCAAGGAUAAUUCGGCAAGCAAUUGGAUGGAUCCCGAAACGGGUUUACUUAGAGUCAAAAAUGAACGCUUUGCCUUUCAUGUGGAUGUGGCGGCUGCCUAUAAGAUUAUAGCCGAAACCUUUAGCGAGCAGGCUAUAUGCGAUCUAACGGAGGUCAGCAUGUUUCCACCACAAAAGACGGUUUGCAUUAUGCAAAAGAAUUCACCAAUGAGAAAGGUCAUCUCGUAUGGCCUGCGACGCGUCACCGAAACGGGCAUUCUCACCUAUCAUUUCAAUGUGUGGCACUCGCGGAAGCCGCCGUGUGUGAAGAAAAUUGAAACGUCCGAUUUGCAUGUCGACAUGGACACCGUGAGCUCUGCUCUGUUGAUUCUGCUCUUCAGCUAUGCCAUAACCCUCAUGAUUUUGGGCACAGAGAUACUCUAUUCCAAGUGGCAUAAGCGCAUCAUCAUCAGGUUCGGUUGAGUGUUG